AUGGAUUACGGAUAUUCGCCCAGUCGCGAAUGUGGCACCAUGCACUUUCCCUCACCAACGGGACCCCACAGCUAUCGACUCGACAGCACCCAUUUCUCCCACCUCCAGGAGCUCCGACGCUCUCUCUCGCGCUCACCAUCAAAACAGUCGCGUUUCCAGCUCCGCAACUCCGACACGCCCCGCUCUCCCAUCUCUCCUCUCGCCAUUGCGCGCGCAUUCUCCCCCAAGGCGCACAAGGUUACAAGCCCCAUCGCGAAUUUCCCUGAGUCACCGCUGGCGCAAGCUGCUCCUGCCAAGAAGAAGUUCUCUCUGCGACGCUCAGGCCCUUUCCGGUCAUCACCGCGCACGCGCAACAGCAAUUCCAAGAGCCCGCGGCGACGCGCCUUAGCCGAGUCCACCGACGUUGGCAACGCAACCCCCUUCAUUACGCGACAAUCACCUGGCCAAGAAAACACCUGCGCGCGACGACCGAGCGCAGAGUCCCCGGACACCAUGGACAUGGACAAGCGACUAGAGGUAGACGACAAGCCCAUCAAGUUCGAGUUUGCGCGUCGCCCCGAACUGUCGCCCGCGCCCCCCGCAAAGUCAAGCCCACUCAAGCGCAACGAUGGACUCAUGAACCUCAGCGGAUCGCCCGGCAGCAGCCCCAUGGCGAAGCGCCGAAGCUUACACGGCGUGUCGAGCCUCGGAAACGACUUCGAGAGCAUAUUCGACCCAACCCCCGCACCGCGCAUCUCUGCUGAUGAGAGCUCGCGCUCGUACAACGACCUGACCAACGGCUUCUCUUUCAACAGCUCACCUAUAUCUGGCGCGACAUCACCCAUCCGCCGGACAACGUCACUGCGGAGGUCGACCCUAUCGCAACGAUCCAACACUCCGCGCAAGCCGAGUCACGACAGCGAGUUCGCCAUGCCUGGACCAGCUGCCUCCAAAACGCGCAAUCGCGUGUCGAUGGAUAGCACUUUCAACCAAUCAAUACAGACACCGCCUGUCCAGACGCCAUUCCGCAAGUCAACCUUCGACGCCGGACGCAUGGGCUUGCCAACGCCAUUUCCUCGUGGUGGAGCCGGAGCAGCACAACCGCACCCACUAUCACAUGCACAUACACCAUCCUCUGCUUCAUCCAGCGUACACGGCACACCAAUGGCCCCUCCCCGAGCUCCAGCAGUUCAAUGGGGCGCCCCGCCUCCAAUGCCCGCAAACCCACAUUUCUCUCGCUCACUUCCGAUUGGCAUCGGGCGCCCAUAUGCGCCGGACGGUGAGCAGUCAUCGCAAGACUCAUUCGACACGCCGUUCAAGAUCGCGCCGUCGGCACCUGUCGCCUUCUCGACCGGCCUUCUAUCCAAGAAGAAUCGCAAUGCGGACGAGCCAGCAGCAGGUGGCGUCUAUGUCAUGCCUGACACGCCAUCGAAGCGUCAGUCGUUUCCUCCAGCUGCAGGAGAACGCACCGUAGACCUUGACACACCCUUGGUCAAGAGGAGCGGCAGCCUCUUCGGCAACGAAGCUCGACCGCAGCAUCAAUUUGGUACCCCUAGCACGCCAUUUAGUGCGAGUGUAUCAAACGUAUCAAAGUUCACGACAGAUUCAUUCGGUAAGCGACCAAGCAUCUUUGGCGGCAUGGGCAGUACCAUGCAACGCCGAGGAAGCUUCGUAAGUAUCGACGGAGACAACGAUGAAGAUGUCCAGCCGGACACACAAUCACCGACAGCGAACCGGAUGGGUGACAGUCAAUCGAGUGCGGAUGACAUGCCACCCACACCGACUAAGCCUAGUGGUGGGUCUAGUCGUCGCUCCAAGGAGAGCAGCCUGCGCCGUAAGACGUUCCGCUCGCGCCCUUCUAUUGGCCAAGACACAUUUGCAGUACCCGACAAUGAUGGUCGGCCGACGACAGCUGGAAGUCUCUUCGGCGCACCAUCACCGCAGACGCCCGCGCACGAAUCCUUUGGUCCCCCUGAUGCGAGCAAGCUUUCGAUUUCCGGUAACCGACGGGGAUCUUUCCCUUUCAACAGCAGCUUUGGCUCUUUUGCGCCUGCCACCCCGACAACGCCUCGUGAUUCUGGCUUCUUCGGAAGUGUCCAAGGCGCCAUCCCUAUCGGCCUAACUAAGAAUGAUGUGGAUGAGUCCUUGAGUGAAAGGUUCCACGAGAUCAAGCCUCUUGAUGGCGGAGAGGGCGAGUUUUCCACGGUCUAUCGUGUGAGCCAGCCGGUCAAGAUCUCGCCACUAAGGUCACCCGCUGGCAGCCAGGUAUGGGUCGUAAAGAAGUCGAAGAAGCCGUACAUCGGCGCAGGUGACCGUCAAAAGAAGAUGCGCGAGGUCGACAUCCUCUACGCUCUCCAGGGCCACGAGCAUGUGUUGGACAUCAAGACCCACUGGGAAUUUGAUCAACACCUAUACAUCCAGACCGAGUAUUGCGAGGGCGGUAACUUGAGAAAAUAUCUCGACACCGUUGGCUUUAAUAGCCGUCUCGAUGACUUCCGCAUCUGGAAGAUCCUGCUCGAACUUCUGAUGGGUCUCAAGUCCAUUCAUGACGCUGGCUAUAUUCAUCUCGACCUCAAGCCCGCCAACGUCCUUAUCGACUUCGAGGGCGGACUGAAGAUCGCAGACUUCGGUCUAGCGAGCCAGUGGCCAGCCCCAGCUGGUAUCGAUGGCGAAGGCGACCGCCACUACCUCGCACCCGAGCAACUCUCCGGCCGAUUCGACAAGCCUGCCGAUGUCUUCGCCCUUGGCAUGAUGCUAGCUGAGAUUGCCGGUAACUGCGUCAUUCCUGAGAAUGGCGACUACUGGCAAAAGCUGCGGUCGGGCGAGUUUGAGAACGUACUUCCUAGCCUGACCUGGAGCGCCGACAGCAGCACACUUAGUCGGGACUCCCAUGGCGAUCCAGUCUCUGAGACGGCUAGACCUUCCAUGGACGGUUUUCUCAUGUCGGACGCCGCUGAAGAUUCGAUGGCGUCACUUAUGGUUAAGCCGGCUUCUAACCCUGAAGAGGAGCUGGCCCGCGCACCUUCAUUCAUGGUGCAGCGCAACGAUCCUAACUCGAUGGACCAUAUCGUCUACGCCAUGCUGAACCGAGACCCCGAUAUGCGACCGACUGCGGAGCAAGUACUCCAAUGUUACGGCUGCCGAUGGGUCGAGUCAAGACGCCGCGCUGGUGCCACCAUUUACGAAGGCAACUUCGGGCCCAGCGAUGAAGUUCUUGCCACCUACGCUGGUGAAUACCAGGACGGCGUAUUUGAGGACAUGAUGGAUAUGAGCUAA